AUGCAAAUAAGUCUGGUUCGCAAGGCCCAGGCCAAAGGACCUCUGUAUUUCAUCACCCGGACUGCUCGGCCAACCUUCCCUUUGACAGCCAGCCCACUGUACGUUAUGGAGGCGCUAGAAGAGUUUGCGAGGGAGCGUGGUUGGACCGUCGAACAGACUAUCCGAGCUCUGAUUGACGCCAAUCCGGCCAUUGCUGAGGACAAUCUCGAAGAAGAAAACGAAACUGCAAUUCCAUCCCCUGCCGAGCAAUACUACCUCGUCGAAGCAUACCCUGCUGAUAUGGCCGACGUCGAAACCAUCCCUCCUCCGCCUGCGGACUGGAAGGGAGACAGCGAUGCGAAUCCCAGCUUUCGUGCCCUCAGUACCCUGAGCCCACCUGUCAACCGCAAGAUCGAACCCUACGGCGCGGCGUUCCUUGCCUACGCUCGCCGCAAGCGUCACGGUCGCACAUUCUCCGAGGACGAUAGGAUCCAAGCCGCCGCAAAAGCCAAACGCGUUGAAGACGACGAUGAUGGUGAAAUCAGCGAACCUGAAGAUCCAAUGAUGCUUGCUCGAGAUGCGAAGGAUUGGAGGGGUCAAGACCACUACGCCGUCCUCGGUCUGUCCAAGUACCGCUUCAAAGCAACCGACGAGCAAAUCAAGAAAGCCCACCGCAAGAAGGUUCUCAAGCACCACCCUGACAAGAAGGCCGCGACUGGUCAAGAGGAAGGUGACAGCUUCUUCAAGUGUAUCCAGAAAGCCCACGAGAUCCUGACCGACCCCGUUCGCCGUCGCCAAUUUGAUUCCGUCGACGAGGCCGCCGACGUGGAACCCCCAAGCAAGAAAGAGGUGCAGAAGCCAAGUGCCUUCUACAAGAAAUGGAACGCCGUCUUCGAAAGUGAAGCGCGGUUCAGCAACAAGCAGCCCGUCCCCAAGCUCGGCGAUGACAACAGCACCAAAGAGGAGGUGGAAGAGUUCUACGAUUUCUGGUACAACUUCGACUCGUGGCGCACAUUUGAGUAUCUCGAUGAGGAUGUCCCCGACGACAACGAAGGACGUGAUCACAAGCGACACAUUGAGAAGAAGAAUGCCAACGCCCGCAAGAAGCGCAAGUCCGAGGACAUUGCUAGGCUGAGAAAGUUGGUCGACGACUGUUUGGCCAUGGACGAACGCAUCAAGCGCUUCCGACAGCAGGCAUCGGCUCAGAAGAACAAGAAAAAGAUCGAGAAGGAACUUGCCGCAAAAAAGGAAGCCGAGGACAAAGCUAAAGCCAAGGCCGAGGCCGACCGUCUCCAGAAGGAAGAAGACGAGCGUCUCAAGGCCGAGAAAGAGGCGGGCAAGAAGGAGAAACAAAAAGCAAAGGAUGCCGUCAAGAAGAACAAGCGUGUCGUCAAAGCCAGCGUCAAGGAUGUCAACUACUUCGCGGCCACCCAACCCAGUUCCCAGGAAGUCGAUGCUGUGCUGGACGAUGUGGACAAGAUCUUGGCCAAUGUGGAUCCCGAUGAACUGGCGCAAUUGGUCUCACAACUCAACAUUGCCGGCAAGGAUGGUGCGAAGGUCAAGGUUGCAUUCUCAGAGACUACCGGUGCACUCGUUGGUGCUGGAAAGCUCAAGGAGAGCGAUCUCAAGGUUUUCAAGUGAAUCAAGUGAACGAGAACCUCGGAGAAGAGAUGUUAACGUUGGUAAUGACACAGUGGAGAAUGCCUACAAGUCAGGGUUCUCAAAAGAUUAGACAGUGAAGGUAGAAAUCAAAUUCUGCGAACGCAGAAGCCCAAGCAAAUUGCCAUCUCUUUG